AUGGUGGUCAAAAUUACCAACAAUCUCCCUGCCGUGGAUGAUGUUGCAGCUCUAUCGCGACAAACUCGUGGACUGCAUAGCGCGACUGAGGUGUCCAAUCGGCAGAAGUAUCAUAAAUUGAAGCUAGGUCGACAGUUCAAAGACCAGCUCCAUGCCAGACAGGACAUGUUGCUUGAAAUGUUAGUCAAUCCCUCUCUUGCAGGCUACCUACACCAUCUAGUCAUAUACGGAAGUGAUAUGAGCCCGGGUGCGUGGGGUAGCUCCUCUGAGCCUAUCCCUCAACGCUCAUUUUCUCCGGAAGAUAUUAACAGACUCAAACAAGCCAUCGAGAAGGCUGACAUUCAAGAAACCCAGGAUCGGGAAUCUAUGUUGUCUACCAUUCUGCAGGAUCCAACCCAAUUCAGGAGUAAUCUCGAGCUAGAAUCAGUCGAAUUCACAGAUGUGCUUGUUACGCUACUGGUUGCGAACGCACCCAAUCUUCAAUCAUUGUCUAUGUUCCCCUUGCACGGCGCCAAAAAUAGGCUCAUGGCACUACUGCGUCGAGCCUCUAACGCACCUAGCUUAGUUCCCUACUGCCAAAAUCUACGAGACAUACACUUCCACCCGGAUGAGUCUAUGAACGAGGGCACGGAGUAUGUGGCAGAUCCGUACUACCAUCGCUUGAAUUUGGUUCGCAAACUCCCCGCUAUUGAAUCAGUUUCGUUCAAGUUAGCAGCAUGGGACAACGAUGCGGGCUUUCCUCUCCCACCACGCUGCGCCAACUAUAGCAAAAUAAGCAUUACACACUCCUUCUUGCUUGACUAUGAUCUUUGUCGCAUUAUUGAGUCGCCCAAAACACUUAAGAGCUUCACUUUUACUGUGGGUGGGCGCAAGGAUCCGGAUGGAGUCCCGUCAACCUUUAAUGCAACCCCGCUACUUAAAUCUCUUUGGUCCCACCGGCAGACCCUGGAAGAGCUAGAUAUUGACAUAGAAAGCCAUGUGGAUCGGCGCGAGCUUUAUGAUCCUACUUUUCGGCUGAUGGAGAGCGAGGGUAUCCCGGAGGAUGACCAGGGAGACUAUGAGGAAGAGUACGCCGAUGACCUUCGCGAACUAGCCUCGCAAGAUCUGGAAACUCUGCCCUCCUACAUCUCGCUAAAAGACUUCCCACGACUGAAACGCCUUAGCAUAGGAGCCCACACUCUGUGCUAUUUUGCACAGGGCGUCGGAUUCGGCGAGAACCGAUUCGAAAAUGGCCGUAUUGGCCCUGAGGCCUUCAAUCUCGCUGGAAAUUUGCCACCUAACCUCAAAUCUCUUCGUGUUUAUGGGCGAGGGGAGGAAGCAGAGUAUAAGUGCUUUGAGUAUGAGUCUGAUCUAGAUGUCGAUGCUCAACUUGACCGAUUGAUAUGCGAGAACAACGCAAGAUCAUUGGAGAUUCUCGAGGGUAUUGAUGUCCCCAUUCCAAAUGGGAAGACCGUGGAUAACAGCGCAGAUGAUGAUGAUCGGUCGCUUUAUUGGAACGAUCCAGAUGAUGACAGUUAUAGCGGCUGGGAUAUGGAUAGAGAAAUAAUUGCUGCUAUGAACUGGGGUGAAGGACAAGACAAGCAGAAAGUUGGACUAUAG